CUCCACUUACAUUUGACCUAUUCUAGGCAUUUGAAGAUCUCCAACAUUUGGUAUCUCCCCGCCUAGGUCUUCUGUUCUUACCAUCUCUCCAGCAACUCGACAGACCAAGAGUCAAUCAUUUGUAAUGCAGUACAACAAUCACUAAUCACGUUCGUUAUGAUCUUGUACCUUUCGUUUGAGCACAGGAAAUCUUCACAGGUUCAACACUCUUGCCUAUGACCCUAACACCGAGUUCAAAGCACCUGAAGUAGCUACUGUAAGUCUGUAACGGAUUGAGAGUGGAUAUACCUUCAGUUUGCCUGGAACGAUCCCCGCUAUUCUGGUAGCUGGAGUAGACAACCCAAUUUCAACCUCUUGCAUCAAAUUUGGUACCCUUUCUCCAACUCAUCUGUUAUUUUUGCCAUUGUCUUUCGAUUAUUCUGGUAAGUGCGAAUCUUUUCUAUUAUUUCCUUGUCGAAUCUCCUCUAGAACUAUGCUGACGUGUGAAACCAGCUUCAAGAAAAAUCAAACGGAUAUACAUCCUUGCCAUGCUGUAGAUUAUUAACAUUCUCGACACCCAUAGUGCUCUGCACCUAUACCGAGUCCUCACUUUCGAACUACCUUGGCCUGCCCUCUGCGAUAACGUUUGACAGACGAUCAUUUCGGAAGCGUGUGGUGGCUGCGGGUAGAUCAAGGAGAAUUCCAUUUGCUAAGCAAAACCCAAAAGAGCUCCACCUCGCAGAAAAAGUCUUGUUAUCUGGAAAUAUCUUUCACCAAUUGAUGAAGCUUUGGGGAACUUGGAAAACGGGAUCAAAGUUAAAAUUCAGCAAAAGGAUUGGAGCACCAAGGUCUGAAUGUAUGCCGUAUAGAAGGAGGUUGGACAGACUCGAUUCUCAAAACCCAUAUCGACAGGGUGAAAGGGAGGAGUUGCAAUGAGUUGGGAGCAGCAAGCAAAUUACGAAGGGAGCCAAGGAGGAUGGACCCCACAAUUUGCAGAAGAUUAUUCUAUGUUCAAUGCAACACCUGGGCGUCUUGUUAAUGGACAGCGGCCGUUUGUUGAUACUUCAACAGUACAAGCAUUGUCAUCCAUGACACAAAAUGGACAAUUUCAUGUUGAGGGAGAUAUGAUGAGAGAUUUGGGAAUGCAUAUGCAUCAAUUAUCACCCAAUUCUGCUCUUGCAAUAGCUCCUGCCAUACAUUCCAGCAAACAAAUUCCUUCUACUGCCUCGCAAUCUGCUUCCACAGCACAAUUUAGUGAUGUUUCCAAGACACCCCAAAGGUCAAAGAAAAGGUUGGAUGAUCCCUUCAGUGGUCAAACUGCUACACCUCCACAUUCAGCCGGUAAAGGUGUCAGAAAAUUAGCCCCGAAAAUAUUCACUGUGCCAAAUGACGCUCAAGUCCAAGGCGAUGGCUUUGGGUCUUCUAACUCUAAUAACCAUCAUCCUCAACUAAUGGCACAAUCCUCAACAACAGAUAUGGACCCAUUUGGAUAUCCAAUGUCUGCACCAGCAUCGGCUCCCUUUUUUGCCAGUAAUAAAGCAAUGUGGGAUACUAGUAUAGAUGGUAUGGAUUUGGACUUUUCUAAUGAUUCAGCGGGUAUCUUUCACCAAGGGCAUAGGCCAAGCAAUUCCAUUGAUUGGGGACGAAGCAAUCAAAUGUUUCAAGAGUCUAUAAAUUUAUCACCGCAAAAGUCAAGCGAACCUAAAGCUGAACCACGCAAACGACAUAGAUCGAUAGUCUCAAGAACUUCUUUACCAAUAACUUCAGCAUUACCUACAUCUCUUCCAUUAUUAGCUUUUAGUAGUGCGACAGCAACUUCAAAUUCGUUAGCCAUGGAGAACUUUCCCGGGGCUGUUGAUCCUGGUCUGGUAUACAGUAGACCUAAUACAGGCAAUAUGUCACAAGGAGACUUUGAAGAUGCGAUGUUACCAGCACCAAGAGCAGCUACAAGCCCGAUACGAUAUCCUGAGCAACUCGAACCGUAUCAACACCAAGUUCGAGAAUAUACUCGCGAGCAAGAAGAACUUCAUCGAUCUAGAAGUUUUAGAGAGAGUAGUCUUGGAUAUCGAAUAGACAGAAGAACUGCCAGUUCACCAGUAAAGGGAUCUAUAAGACCUGGUUUUCGACGCAGUGUCAGUGAGAGCAGGGACAAACGUGAUAAUGGUACAGUUAACAUAUUCUAACGCGAGGAACCCAAGCUGACUUUUUAAUAAGAGCCACCACGCUAUAAAUAUGGACGUUUAUCACCUGUUAGACAACAGCGUCAUCCAAAUCUUUCUUCUAUCCCCGAAUCUCCAGUUACAUUGCCAAAACUUCGACGAGAUGUAAAGCUAGCUGUUGGCAGUAAUGGUCGAGCCACUGUUGUAAUUGACGAUACGCCGGUGCGAAGUUUACGACGAUCAUCAUCUCAAGUCAUCAAUUAUGAUUCUGAAUAUGAUUCAUCCACCGAUGAUGAACCAAUCAUCAUUCCAAGUCGAAACAACUCUUUCAAUUUACCACGGCAGACACCACCCAAAUUUGAUUUAUUAGACAGUUCUUCUAGUGACUUUCGAAGACCAAGCACAAGUACAAGCGGUUAUAGUCGAUCUUCGGGUCAACACACAAGUAUUGAUGAGAUGAGUGAAGCGGAGACAGUACUUGAUGAGGUCAAGGCCGGAGAUGCAGCUUCUGCCUUGCGGAAAGUUGUUAGAGAGCGCCGAAACAAUCAACAAAUACCGAAGAAUGGAAGACGCCCUCGUCUAUAUUCUGAUACUACCCCUAGACCAGGUCGCUAUGUAGAACACACUUCGUCGUCUAAUAACUCUUCGGAUGGGGUGACGCCAUCCAGCUCGAGAAGCGGUAAUACCCGAUGUAUUUGUAAUAAUCCGGAUGGAAACUCUUUCAUGAUCCAGUGGUGAGUUUGUUAUCUUGCUUUAAUCUCCAUUGUCUAACUCAUUUUUCAGCGAAUCUUGCGAGAAUUGGCUUCAUGGGCAUUGCAUCAAUAUCCCGGAUAGAAGGGCUCUUCCCAAAGUCUACAUCUGUGCCUUUUGUGCUCAAACACCAAAUAUGCGCAAUGGUCGUAUGCGAGAGUCUGCAAGAGAAAGGAGGAAUUUGCCCUCCUCCCCACUUGCUCAUAAAUCUUACAGAUCAUUCCGUGAUUCAGAGCUUUUGGUUCCUUGAGGUCUCAGUUUGUCAAAUCGCGAGAAAUCUAUGAAUGGUAAUUUAAAGCUUUAUUCAUUCCUUCCAUCAAACUAUUUUUCCGCCAGAGGAACAACCACAAAUGGAGAAUAUUUUCCAAAUCACUUGUUUUAACACCUGUCCGUUUUUGUUUUCUUUUUUUCAUAUUCCUUAUGUCAUCACUGAUACCCCCUAUUAAAGAGCAUAUACAAUACAAAUCAAAGUCACGAUGGAUGGCUCCCAAGAAGAUUUAAUGCAAAAUAAGAUUUACGACCGGGAAGAAAGGGGAAAGGGAAAGGCUAUAGGGGAGUUAUGGAUGAUUAUUGCAGUAUGCAUGAAUGUAAAAUGAUUUAAGAAAGGAUUCCUGGAUACUUAGCAAUAGUAAGAUCUUACCAAUUACAUAGAUACAUCUUUAUUUCUUGAGCCUGUUUGUAGCCCAUCAGUCGCUUUGGAUUUUCAAAUUGAGUAGAAUGGGUAAGAUUAUUCGAAUCUUCAAAACUGCUUGGCUGAGGAUCUAAACUUCACAAUAUCAA